GGUCAUCGAGAUUUUAUUUUAUUUUUUUUAUGGAUAGACACCGAGAUCGUCGUUGCAGCUAAAAGGGACAAUAAAAAGGGGAAAAAAAAGGAAAACUGGAGGAGCGGUUUCCGACUGUUUUUUCGCGGUUUUCCGAUCUUUUGUUCCGUGGCUUUCUCAACUUCUUUUAAGGCGGUUGUCAGGAUAUGGGGAGGAUGGGAAACGGCCGGAAAAGCUAUUCUGCCAACAAGGACGAUUACAAGCUCCUCGAAGAGGUCGGCUAUGGCGCCAGUGCCGUUGUUUAUAGGGCGAUCUGUCUUCCUUUUAAUGAAGUUGUCGCCGUUAAGUGUUUGGAUCUUGAACGAUGUAACAGCAAUCUGGAUGAUAUACGUAGGGAGGCCCAAACAAUGAGUUUAAUAGAUCAUCCAAAUGUAAUAAGGGCAUAUUGUUCAUUCGUUGUUGACCGGAAUCUCUGGGUGGUCAUGCCAUUCAUGGCCGAGGGUUCUUGCCUGCACCUUAUGAAGGUAGCAUAUCCAGAUGGGUUUGAAGAGUCUUUAAUUGGUUCUAUCCUUAAAGAAACCCUUAAGGCAUUGGAGUACCUCCAUCGACAUGGACAUAUCCAUCGUGAUGUCAAGGCUGGCAAUAUCCUUCUUGAUCGUAAUGGGGUGGUCAAGCUUGGCGAUUUUGGUGUUUCAGCUUGCAUGUUUGAUAAAGGUGAUAGGCAACGCUCAAGAAACACAUUUGUGGGAACUCCAUGUUGGAUGGCUCCAGAAGUGUUGCAGCCCGGAAGCGGAUAUGACUUCAAAGCUGACAUCUGGUCAUUUGGGAUAACAGCUCUGGAAUUGGCUCACGGUCAUGCUCCUUUUUCAAAAUACCCUCCGAUGAAGGUUCUCCUCAUGACCAUCCAGAAUGCCCCUCCUGGACUUGAUUAUGAUCGAGAUAAAAGGUUCUCCAAGUCUUUCAAAGAAAUGGUUGCUAUGUGCUUGGUAAAAGAUCAAACAAAGAGACCUACGGCAGAAAAAUUACUGAAGCAUUCUUUUUUCAAGCAUGCAAAGCCCCCAGAGCUUUCUGUGAAGAAUUUAUUAACCGACUUGCCUCCACUUUGGGACCGUGUAAAAGCCCUCCAGCUCAAGGAUGCAGCACAACUGGCUCUCAAGAAAAUGCCUUCAGCAGAACAAGAAGCAUUAUCACAGAGUGAAUACAAACGAGGUGUUAGUGCAUGGAACUUUGAUGUUGAGGAUUUGAAAGCCCAGGCAGCACUGAUUCAGGAUGAUGAUGAUGUUCCAGGAAUAAAGGAAGAAUGUGAAAGCAUGAGGUUGUUUGUUGAUGAUAAGGAUACCUCUGCUUCUGCAUCUAGUUUGGGAAAAUCAAUUUCUACAAAUGACAAUGAUUGCAGUAGAAGUAUAAGAGGUGCUGAAUUAUCACAAUCUCAAUACUUGGGCACAAGAGAAGUUUCAGAAAGUGGUUUGCUUGGCUCCAACAAUCAACAUAAAACCGAAGGGAAUAAUAUAGAAGAAUCGAGCAGUGAACCACUAGCAUCGACCUCUCAAAAGGACAUGGUGAAUUCUCAUUCUAAAAGUCAAACAGGGAAAGGCCGUCAAACUCAGAGUGGACCACUAAUGCCUGCUAUGGUGCUUAAUAAUUCACUACCAGAAAGGUGUCGUGCUUCUGAAAGGUGUGAGAUUGAGAGUCAACCAGCAAAUGAGAAGGGUAAGCACGAAGUACGGAGAGCACCCAGCUUUAGUGGUCCAUUAAUGCUUCCAAACCGAGCUUCUGCAAACAGUUUGUCAGCUCCUAUAAGAUCAUCAGGAGGAUUCAGGGAUUCCUUUGAGGAGAAGCCAAAGGCAAACGUGGUUCAAAUAAAAGGUCGCUUCUCAGUAACAUCUGAAAAUUUGGACCUUGUAAAGGAUAUUCCAUUAUGUACUGUUUCAAGAAGGACUUCACCGGGAUCACCUCUGAGGAAGUCUGCUAGUGUUGGUGACUGGCAAGCUGAUGCUAAAAAGUUGCCUGUCAAUUCAUCACCUAAAGAAGUAACCAACAGUACUGUACCUGCAUCAGUUCUCAUGCCUUAUCUUCAGAAUCUUUUCCAGCAGACCUCAUUCCAACAGGAUCUUAUUAUGAAUCUUCUGAAUAGCUUGCAACAAGCUGAGGUAGUAGAUGCUUUUCAAACUGGGAAGAUGCCCCCACUACCUCGCAAUUUGGAUAAUGAUGCAAAUGUGGAAACAGCUGCUUCUGAAAGGGAGCGGUUAUUACUUACCAAAAUUUCAGAACUGCAGACUAGGAUGAUUAAUCUGACUGAUGAGCUGACUGCUGCAAAGUUGAAACACAUGCAGUUACAACAGCAGUUAAAUGCUGCAUAUGGUCGGGAAGAAGAUAGAAGCAGAAGGGGCGAAAAGGACUCCUGAAAAACUGAAGCCUGAAACUGUAGAAAAGAGCAAGCACCAUGUAGAUUCAGCACUUUUAAGAAGCAGAUGCAGGCAUCAUGGUUUAUCAUAUCAUGCUUCCCAACCAUUUAUCAGAGGAAGUCCUUUUAAGGAUUCACGGCCUCAGAUGAAAAAUAAGGAAAAUCAGAUCCUUCAGAAAAUGUGCAUUGCUUUUCAUUCAUUCAAAUGGAGAAAUGAGCCCUUCCUUUAGCCGCGAGUGCCAUUUGUUUCACUAAUUGGCCAAUUAUUUUGAAUAAAUCGCCACUGAAGAAUCCGCAGUUGUGAUGGUGGUGGUGGUGGUGGUGGUGGUGGCAGGAAUGAUAGUGUAUUUUGUGGAGAUUGCAAUUGUCGUGAUCUUGAAUAUGUCAAUAUUAGGUUUUUUGGCCCUGGUCCCCCUUUUUAAUUUGCUUAUUUUUCUCUUUAAUCAUCUAAGUUGAAAAUCUGUAUUUCUGACGCAAGUGAUUGUUCUGGAAACCAGAGCCUUGGACCCCCAGUUAUCAUAUUGGUUUUUGUUAGUCAAUUUCGGUUCUUAGGGGCCAAGCCAGAGAGGUUGGAUUGCUCAGGCAUUGGGGUUGACGUAUUUGGCGAGGUGAUCAUCUACCUAUAGAACAUGAGUUUAAAAUA